AUGCGUUUCGCCACAGUUGUCGCCAUGGCAGCGGCCGCCCUUUCUGGAGGAGUGGCUGCCGACAAAGCCGCCGAGUUCAGGAAGCACAUAGCCAAGUAUCUUCCCCAAGGUGAAACCACUGACCACACUGCCUCUACGAAGAGGGAAGCGCAGCCGCAGAAUGGCACUAAGCCUCGUUUCCUGAACAACAAAACAAAGAAAUUUGCUGUGGAUGGUGCAAACCUUCCCGAGAUCCAUUUCGACGUGGGAGAGUCAUACGCCGGGAGCUUGCCCAUUACCGGCAAAAAAGGAGAAAAGGACAAUCUUUUCUUUUGGUUCUUCCCUUCUGAGGACGGCUCUGUUACCGAUGAAAUCACUGUCUGGCUGAAUGGUGGCCCAGGCUGUUCCUCUCUGUCGGGUUUUCUCACUGAGAACGGGCCAGUAUUGUGGCAAGAUGGCACCCUCGCCCCAGUCAAGAACCCAUACUCGUGGCACAAGCUUACGAACAUGAUCUGGAUCGAACAGCCCGUGGGCACUGGCUUCUCUUUGGGUACCCCGAGUGCCCGAGACGAGAUCGAGCUGGCCACACAAUUUCGCGGCUUCUGGAAGAACUUUAUCGACACGUUUGAUCAGCUCAAAGGCGCCAAGACCUAUUUCACGGGGGAGUCGUACGCCGGCGCCUAUGUCCCCUAUAUCGCAAACAGCUUUCUACUUCAAAAUGACACCAAGUACUACAAUUUGAAGGGCAUCUCUAUCAACGACCCUGUUAUUGGGGAUGACAAUCUCCAAUUUUCCAUUACCGAUGUCCCAUUCAAUACAUACUGGGCCAAUCUGCUUCACCAUAGCGAUGAAACCAUUUCCAAGAUCAAUCAGCUCUAUGAGUCGAGCGGACAGGCAAACUACACAAGAAAGUGGUUCACUUUCCCUCCUCCGCAGGAGCCUUUCCCUGAGGUUCCUGGCGAAGAUCGCGAUGUCUCUGGAAUUAUUCGCAGCUCUUUGAGGUCAAACAACCCUUGCUACAACGUUUAUCACAUUUCCGAUCAGUGUCCAACAGUCUACAGCCACCUCGGUGGUGUCAACGUCGGUGACUACGUCCCUCCUGGAUCUGAGGUGUACUUUCAGCGCCGAGAUGUACAGAGGGCAAUUCACGCUCCUCUCAUCGGCGACAAAUGGAACCAAUGCGGAGGAAACAACGGGGACGUAUUCCCUCACGGUGACGCCUCUCCUGGAGCUGCUCUCGACGGUACUCUCCAAAACAUCAUUCAGCGCACAAACAAUACGAUUGUGGGAUCUGGAGCCCUUGAUGCUCUAUUACAGACAAACGGCACUCUCUUUGCACUGCAAAAUGUGACAUGGCACGGUCACCGAGGCUUUCACUCUUUCCCCAAGACGCCAUUCUUUAUUCCAGACCACGAUAACAAGAACGGGGGUGCCAAGGGGCCCAAGGGAGAUAUUGGAGUAUACGUUAAGGAGCGCGGACUAACAUUCUAUGAUAUACAGCUUGCCGGUCACGAAGUCCCGGGCUACUCUUUAUCCGGUGGCUACAGGAUGCUCCAGCAACUUCUUGGACGUAUCGAUGAUUUGAGUAGCACAAAGCCAUUGUUUUGA